GCAGUUUGUUAUAAAAACAGAAGCAACUUUAGGAAAGAAUUCGAGCUGUUUUCAAAUCAUAGGGAUAUUUUUAAGAAAGUCUUCGUUAACUUAAGAGUUUCCAUUCAGAUAAUUUUAAUUUUAAAAUGCUGGCACCACCGAAGAAAGAAAUUUUCAACCCUGACGACAUGUCAAAGUGGUUGAAAUCAGAGGCAUAUCAGGAAUAUCUAGGCUUUGUUCUCUCUAUUAACGAAGCUGUGCAAGGGAAAAAAUGGUCGAGUAUCAAAGUGUUGAAUGACAGAGUAGAAAAAAUGGUUAAACUGCUAGAUUGCUUAGACCGUUGGAUAGAUGAAAUCCCACCAACCGAACAACCCCAGCGCUUUGGCAACAAGUCCUUCCGUGUGUGGUUCCAAAAACUCAAAGAUGAGUCCUCAAACAUGCUGAAAGAUGUAUUACCCCAAGAACUGCACCACACCAUUCCUGAGAUAGAAGUCUAUUUAACUGAAAGUGUUGGAAACUCAACUCGAAUUGAUUAUGGAUCCGGACAUGAAAUGUCAUUUGUCAUCUUCUUGUUUUGCCUAUUCAAGAUUGGUUUCUUGACCCUGGAUGACAGAGCUGCAGCAGGGGUUGUCAUAUUCGAAAGAUAUAUGUCGUUGAUAAGAAAGUUACAGUUAACGUAUCGCAUGGAACCUGCAGGCUCACACGGAGUCUGGAGCUUAGACGACUAUCAAUUUGUCCCUUUUAUCUGGGGAAGCUCUCAACUAAUUGAACAUCAGCGAUUACCUCCUAAAUCGUUUCCCGAUCCGGAUAUUGUCGAAAGUUUUGCUAAAGACUACAUGUUCCUUGGUUGCAUUAAAUUCAUUUUCAAAGUGAAAAAUGGACCGUUUGCCGAACAUUCAAACCAACUUUGGAACAUUAGUGGCGUGCCCACUUGGUCAAAAGUAAAUUCUGGUCUUAUCAAAAUGUACAAGGCUGAAGUUUUGGCCAAGUAUCCAGUCAUGCAGCAUGUCCUUUUUGGUUCGCUGCUAUCGUUUAAGGAAGCAAAUUUCCAAGAACAAUAAAUGAACAAAACACCGUGGUAAACUA